UCAUCGACUCGUUUUUCUCCACGCCGUAUUAUCCUCAUCAGCUGCAGCUUCCGCUCCUCCUUCCUCCUCCGCCUCGUCUCGGCUCGCGCUAGGGUUUACUCCUCCUCUCCUUCCUCCUCUUCCUCCUCCUCCGGCUCCAGCGGCGGCGAGGUUGCGAGCGCGUGUGUGCUGCGGCAGUGUGUAAAGAAGGGAGAAGGGAAGGGGAGGGGAUGGGAUACGACGCCAUGGCCCACGACGCGUCCUCACCGUCGACCGCGCGCGACGCGAAGAAGAAGCGGAUAAGGGGGAAUCGGUCGGCGAAGCUGAAGCAGAGCAAGCUCGACGUGCGGCGGGAGCAGUGGCUUUCGCAGGUGAAGGAUGGGAAGGAGGUGAAGGCUGUGGUAUCCCCUGGAGCAGCGGCAGGAGCCAACUCCGGGUCGCCGAUCCUCGCAUCCCCGCACCCUCCACUCCCUCGCCGGCGUGCAGAGAUUCGGACGAGGGAAGGGGAUCCAGAGGAUUUCAAGGAGGAUUCAGUUGGCGCUAGCCAGGAUGUUGGUAGCAGUGAUCAUGAGUCUCCGUUGCACAGCCCUGUCUCCUACAACCCUCCUAUUGGCUGCUUGCAGCAGAAGCACUGCUCGGGCAAUGGUGGUGGCCGUAGCUUCAGCAGCGGCAGCAGUGCUUGGUCCAGCUCUCGGAGUGUGACUGAUUCUGACGAUGACACUGGUGGUAGCCCCGAGAAUGAUGAUGAUGGAGUUUUGGAUGAUUGGGAAGCUGUUGCCGAUGCACUCUCAGUGGAUGACAACCAUAAUCACCAGGAUCCAGUGCCGGCAGAUCCACCAGUUGUACCUGCAUCUUGUCCAGUGCCCGCUAAUGCAGCAACAAGGCAAGAACCAAUCAAGAGUAGUACAAGAGCUUGGAGCCCAGAUGAUGCAUUCCGUCCACAGAGUUUACCCAGCCUCUCCAAACAAGUCAGCUUUCCAGCUAGCAUGGGUAACUGUUGGGUGGCAAUGGGGAUAGGAUCUGCACAAAAGGGAGUCCCCUCAAAGCCGACAUCCUGCCCUAUAUGCUACGAGGACCUUGAUCCAACAGAUUCAAGCUUCCUCCCUUGCCCCUGCGGUUUUCAUCUGUGUCUGUUCUGCCACAAGAGAAUUCUUGAGGCAGAUGGGCGCUGUCCUGCCUGCAGGAAGCAGUACAUCUCAGCUUCUUCAGGUGGAGAAACGGUUGGAAGUGAACGUGAGAUGGGGAAUUUACGUCUGUCCCGUUCUUGUAGUAUGGGUCCAAGAUACUAAGAUGGCAGGGUUAUGACCUAGUUAAUCAUCACAGUUCUUCUCUAUGCAUGGUACUGUUUGGUAUGUUACCUACGUUUGCCUUUUCAUAUAAAGAAAUGUGAAUAUCGGCAUAGGCUGUUUAAUCGUAAUAGAAAGUUCCCCAGUAAUUUGUUGACUUUUGAUGAGUUUGCUUUGUGUAUGGUGAAUAUGUUGCUGAGAGGACCCUUUGUUAUUCAUGGUGUGGGAGUCUAUAAAUAAUAGCUAUACAGGGUGUUUGUUGUCGACUUGUGAAAUC